AUGUUUACAAAGAAGGGUGGUGGUGACAUGCUCGAGAAAGAUGUGCUACUGGAAAUAAAUCUGGCAGAUCAGUUUAUUAAGAAUAUAACAAUUGACGAUAAAGGUGUAAAUAUUGGAUAUUCAGAUAUUUGUGCACGUGUAGGCGAAAAAUGUUUUGAAAAUCCGAUUAUCGAAAUAUUGCCCGAAAUUGAUAAAAUAGUGCAGAGAAAAAAGAAAUUGAAGUAUCCGUUCGACAUAGAUUCGCUGACAUACUCUUCUCAAAUUUAUUCUCUCAACUUUGGGGGUGUAACUGAAGAUGAAAACGAUUUCAUUCAGACAGUAAAUGCUAUGAGAUUAGUUUAUUUCACUGACGAAAGCGACAAGAAAAAACACAAUGUGAUAGAAAGAUGGCGAACAGAAGUUUACAAUCAAAUAAGAAAUCAUCAGUUUAAAUAUGUUCUGUUUUUCAUUGACUACAACUGGUCAAUGGAACAACAAAAUGUGCAAUUAGUAGAAAAUAUAAAACCGAUGAUCGGUGCAGUAGUUGCAUUUAUUUCUGUGUUUACUACAGUUACGUGUAUGAGCAAUAAUUGGGCAAAAAGCAAGCCUUUUCUGGGUGUUGCAAGUGUCGUUUCUGCCGGUCUGGCCGUGGUCACCUCUUUCGGCUUCAUGUCGGUUGUCGGUGUACAGAAUACCAUUUGGAACAUUACAAUUCCAUUUUUAGUUCUCGUGACAGAGAUCGAUGAUGCCUUCGUAUUAUUGGCAUGUUGGAGAAUAUCAAACCCCAAACAUAAAGUACACAAACGCAUGCAAGAAACAUUGGGUGAAGCAGGAGUUUCUAUAACGUUAACAUCGUUGACUAAUCUGUUUUCGUAUUGCAUUGGAAUGACGGCAUCUUUUCCUCUUAUAAGAAUGUUUUGUUAUUAUUCGGCAACCAGCGUAGUGUUUACAUUUUUGUAUCAAAUAACAUUUUUUGCAGGUUGCAUGGCAUUAUCAGGAUAUAAAGAAGAAAAACAACAACAAGCAUUCCGUCUUAAUAUCCGUAAGAUGAUUUAA